CUUCCUCACUCCUCCCGGAUUCCAGUCCUGGCUUCUGCACUUUACCCCACAGCCUGCCCAGAACAAAGGCUCUUUCACACCCAUGUCCCACAGUCCCAGGCCUUCUCUAACUCAGAAGCUAGUGGGCCUGGGAGACAGGGCCUCUAUCGAGUCCCGCAUAAGCAACGCCGCGUGGGGCCAGCGUGAGGGAGUGAGGGGCGAGGCCCAGGGACCAGGAGGAGGGGCCUGUGAGCUGGAGCCGCCCCCGGGAUAAGCCCGGCCUUUUGGGGGCCAUCGCGGAGGAACCGGGGUGGAGCCGCUGGGCCCCGGAGCGGAGUGUGACUCCGUGGGCCUGGGGUGGAGCGGGGGCGGUGGUGGCAAAGCUGCAGCUGGCUGGGAAUCGGGGCUGGUUUCCUGUCUGGAAGGGAAGGGGCCCGCAGAGGGGAGCGGGGGCAGCGCAGCCAGGCACACCCCUGCCUUUCUCCCUCCCUCUCCUCCCUUCUGCUGGAAAAGCAAGCUGGGAGAACAGCUGCCACCAAAGCAAGACUGGACACUCUGUGCCCAGAGCCCCUUCUGCAGCUGGCCUCCUCCGGGUACCCUGCUCAUCCUCACCUCGCUUUCCUUUGCUCCCAUGCCUGGCUCCAUCAGGGCCCUGGAACAGCGGUAGGCAAGCCAGAGGGGUCUAAUUGGAGCACGAGAGGGACAGGGGCUGCCUCUGCCCUCUGACCAAGAACUGCCCACCUCUUUCAAGACGAGGAGAGCAGCGGGAGAGGAAUUGUGGGGCAGCGUGGGGCUUGCUUGCCACCCCUCUGAGGGGUCAGCAAGGGAAGGGGAGCCCAGGGGGCACAGAGAUGCAGGACAGAUUGCACAUCCUGGAGGACCUGAAUAUGCUCUACAUCCGGCAGAUGGCGCUCAGCCUGGAGGACACAGAGUUGCAAAGAAAGUUAGACCAUGAGAUCCGGAUGAGGGAAGGGGCCUGCAAGCUGCUUGCGGCCUGCUCCCAACGAGAGCAGGCUCUGGAGGCUACCAAGAGCCUGCUGGUGUGCAACAGCCGCAUCCUCAACUACAUGGGCGAGCUGCAGCGGCGCAAGGAGGCACAGGUGCUGAAGAAGACAGGCCGGCGGCCUUCGGACAGUGGGCCACCCACUGAGCGCUCCCCCUGCCGUGGCCAGAUCUGCAUUUCUGAUCUUCGGAUUCCACUCAUGUGGAAGGACACAGAAUAUUUCAAGAACAAAGGCGACCUGCACCGCUGGGCUGUGUUCCUGCUGCUGCAGAUAGGGGAACACAUUCAGGACACAGAGAUGAUCCUGGUGGACAGGACCCUCACAGACAUCUCCUUUCAGAACAACGUGCUCUUUGCCGAGGCAGGGCCAGACUUUGAACUGCGGCUGGAGCUGUAUGGGGCCUGUGUGGAAGAGGAGGGGGCCCUGGCUGGAGCCCCCAAGAGGCUUGCCACCAAACUCAGCAGCUCCCUGGGCCGCUCCUCAGGGAGGCGUGUCCGAGCAUCGCUGGAGACUGCUGGGGGCUCAGGCAGCAGUCCCAUCUUGCUUCCCACCCCGGCUGUGGGUGGUCCUCGUUACCACCUCUUGGCUCAUACCACGCUCACCCUAGCAGCUGUGCAAGAUGGGUUCCGCACACAUGACCUCACCCUCGCCACUCCUGAGGAGAGCCCUGCCUGGCUGCCCCUUUACGGUAGCGUGUGUUGCCGCCUGGUGGCUCAGCCUCUCUGCAUGACUCAGCCUACUGCAAGUGGUACCCUCAGGGUGCAGGUGAGGGGCCCUGAGGAGUGGAAGGGAAGUGGGAGAAGACAAAGGAGAGCCAGAUCACCUAGGGAUCAAAGAACCAUUGAAAACCAAGCUGGGGAGCCGCGAGACUGGGUGCAAGUACAUGGAGUCCUGAAAGGCACAAACCUCUUCUGUUACCGGCAACCUGAAGACACAGACACCGGGGACGAGCCGCUGUUUACUAUCGCAAUCAACAAGGAGACUCAAGUCCGUGCAGGGGAGCUGGACCAGGCAGCCAACUGGCCCUUCACCCUGAGCAUCAGUAACCGGUAUGGGGAGGAAGAGGUGACGCACACUCUUCAGGCAGAGAGUCGGGGAGCCCUGCAGAGCUGGAUGGAGGCUCUGUGGCAGCUUUUCUUUGACAUGAGUCAGUGGAAGCAGUGCUGUGAUGAAAUAAUGAAAAUUGAAACACCUGCUCCUCGGAAACCACCCCAAGUGCUGGCCAAGCAGGGGUCCCUGUACCAUGAAAUGGCUAUUGAGCCACUGGAUGACAUCGCAGCAGUGACAGACAUCCUGGCCCAGCGGGAGGGUGCGAGGCUGGAGACGCCCCCACCCUGGCUAGCAGUGUUUACAGACCAGCCUGCCUUGCCUGGCCCCUGCUCACCUGCUUCAGUGGCCCCAGCUCCAGCCCGGAUCCAUUCCUUGCCCUGGGGGAGACCCCGAACAUUCUCUCUGGAUGCUGUCCCCCCAGACCAUUCCCCUGGGGCUUCUCGCUUGGUUGCCCCUCUCCCCCUGCAGCGAUCCCCACGAUCCAGAGGCCUCUGCAGCAAAGGCCCACCCCACACUUGGCUCCAGUCACCAGUGUGAGAGAGAAAGGUGCUGGCAACAGGAUCCGGCCAGAAGAGGGGAAGAUCUGUGUGCAGCUGGGCUCGGAUUCAGCACUGUUUGCAGCAGACAGACCAGCUUGGCCUCCCCUUCCUCUGCUGGAGUCGGGGUAGGCUGAGAAGGGGUAGCAGAAGCCCCUUUAAGCUGUGGUUGCCACGGUGCUGAGGGACUUGUUCCCAGGUCUGGCUGGGACCCCGUAAACCCUUCCUGGGAGAAAACUGGAACCAACCCUGCCCUACCUCCCUGCAUUAACCAGCUUUGAGAAUGGCACUGAAGAGCCUUGGGAGGGAACACACCUCCCUUGUGACUUUUACACUGACCAUUAAAGUUAUUUAACAUCACCCUUCA